AUGGACCAUUCAAGCAACGAGGCCCACGCAUAUUACAGCGACGUCUCUGAUGUCGGCCAGCCAGACAAUAACCAUUAUUCCGCUAAAAGGUGUGGAAUGCCAUGGUGUGGCUAUUGCGGAUAUGAAUUUAAGACUGGCGACCGUCUUCGGGUUUGGCAUAAACAGGACGAUCUCUUCAUCGUCACUAGGCUUUCUCUCGACAUAAAAUAUAAGCCUUCCUGGGAGAUUGAACAGAAAAUAUCCCCUGAAGCUGAGGGAUCUUGCCAAAAGCUGGCAUUCUGUGCCUGUGGCCUCUCUGCAAUUUCGCAAUGCAAGUAUUGGUACGACGCUUCUCGGCCAGCAUGCCAUGAAGUAUGCCAUGACCUGAGAAAGGCAACCCAAUACGACUACCCCACGCUAUUUGAUUUUUCUUUGGUCAGGUGGCCUUCGUUUAAGCCCGUUAGAUCCGACAGUUCACGUAGAUGUGCGUUCAUGGAAGAUGAUCUUGUGUCAGUACUCGGUGGAUUUAUUCCUAAUCUGCCCCGAGAAACACUCAAUCGAAUUGCUGAGUACACUUUGUACGAGCAUGCCAUCACCCAUCUAGCGACAUCAUUGGAAAACCAGCUGCCGAAAUUUAGCACCCUUGACUUAAGAAGGAAUGUCUGGGCAGAAUACAUUGACUUCGAGGGUCAGAGAUACACCCGAGCACUCCUCAAUGAAACUGACGAAGCUUUUACCAAAGUACCUAGUGAGAGCAAGGAACUCAUUUUCAAUGCAAAGGCGGAUCAUCUUGGAGACACAAUCUUUACUGAAAUGGCCCCCCUUGGAGUCAGAAGAGUCAUCUUUCCCACCGACUCUCGUAUGCCAGCUUUGGAAGAAGAGCCUGAUAUAUGGUGGAAAGUAAUGCGGUUCCAAGAUGAACCUGCCAUUACAACAGCUACGGAUGGUGUUAAGCUACGCGAACUCAUAUUUCAAUCCGAGCGGAGGGAAGAGAAUUCAGCUUCGAUUCGGGAUGUUUUGUGGCCAACACCAACCAGUAACCGUCUCUACAAGCUUGUAUCUGAUCUUGUCCAAGAAAGCAGCUUAUAUUCGGAUACCGCCCUCCGUCAAAGAUCUCGGCGAAUGGACUCAGUGUGGCUGAAUGGCGCUGGUAUCUAUGGGCUCUCAUUCGCAAUUUAUAAUGCUAUAGUUAGCCGCCCAAUUAUAACUAUCCAUGCCCACCAACCAGGUGAAAUUUUCAUGUUCUAUCGAGAGGUAGAGAGAAAGGUAGAAGGUUAUGUAACAUGGCUCUAUAUCCCGUUGGGCUCAGAAGAGCUUAUUACGGAGAUUUGGGCAAAAAACGCCCAUGAGGACCUUCCCGUAUCGAAGUGCCGUGUUCUUCAAAUCGGAUCAGCUCGAGAUAGCCCGGACCAAACGUGGACGUCACUCCAUAAAUCUAUGAAUGGCCUGAAACGGAUCUUUUUGAAAACACGGAUGACACACGAUACGGCUCUUGGAGUGUCGCUGCCCAGUGUGCUCCAAAAUCGUCCAAGAGCAGUACUGCCUCAUAUUUCACAUGAGACAUCAAUGAAUUGCUCUGGAGCAUCGCUUGACAAGGUCAUUGAAGUGACGCCUUGCCUAAGAAAGCCCAAUAGAUUCUCCACUGCUACAAAGACGUGUGUCUCAGGGCUUUUGCUACGAUAUCAGGAUGGACACGUGGAGAGAGUGGGAGAAGCGCGCCUUGACUCUGUCAGAGCAAGUCAAAAGGUCCUUGACCCUACACAAGUCCUGCGAUUUACAGUCCAGGAGGAAGUGGUCAAAGCUUGCACCGUUGGCGCAACUGAAGAAGAUGAUGGCUCGGACACUGAAUGUAUUGAUAUUCCGUUGCGUGGGAUGCUUGAGUGGUGCUUCGAUACCGAGCAGGCAUGGAUUAGCCACGACGGGUGCCAGAUUUUCCCAAUUCCAAAAUAG